AUGGUUCAGGACACAGCAUCUCAGAAUACCCAAGUUGUUGGAGUUGCGGAACGCCUUGGCAACCUGCUUCUGAACCUACAAGGCCUCAACGCUAAGCAAUGGGGCUCUCUAGACGGUAAUGUACUAUCCUAUGUCUUUUCGCUCUUAUAUUGCUGCAUCGCGGAAUGCUACGAGCUCGAAUCUACUCCGCUAGCAAUGUCGUCGCUACGCGAUGGCCUUACCGCCUGCAAUUUGGCUCUUCAAUGUGUGCAUGUCGCAGUUUUGAUAAAUCAGGACAACAAGAGAUCAGUAUCUUCACAGCAGCAGAAAGUCACGGAGGCCAUAGAAGCAGUGGGCAACAAAAGAUUCAAAAAUGCGGAUGGAAUGAGCCCAGCGAUAUACCAUUCUCAGGCUGUCCUCAAUUUGUUGGACACUCGUGAGCCAGGUGCUGCGGCGGCAUCUGGCGACAUGCAUGUGAGAUUCGGCGGAGGAAACCGUGGUAUUCAAGUCGCUGAGUAUCAUGGAAACAUGGGACACUUAAUCUUUCCUCUCUAG